AUGAAGUUCCUCAAGGCCAUUCUCGCAGUCCUUGCGGCUACGGCCAGCCAUGCCGAUGCGGCGUUCUCGUGGAAGAACGUCCGGAUCGGCGGCGGGGGCGGAUUCGUGCCUGGAAUCUCAUUCCAUCCCACUACCGCCGGAGUCGCGUAUGCGAGAACGGACAUCGGUGGUUUGUACAGGCUUAACCCGUCGGAUGAUUCGUGGACUCCUAUCACGGAUUCGCUUGCGACCAACGAUAAGUGGUCGUACUGGGGUAUCGAUGCCAUGGCGCUGGAUCCUCAGGAUGCCGACAAGAUCUAUGCCCUCGUCGGCAUGUACACCAACAGCUGGGACCCAAACAAUGGCGCUGUCAUUCGCAGCUCCGACCGCGGGAACACCUGGCAAACCACUGAGCUCCCCUUCAAGGUCGGCGGCAACAUGCCCGGCCGCGGAAUGGGCGAGCGCCUAGCCGUAGACCCCCACGAUUCCAAAGUAAUCUAUCUCGGCGCUCGUAGCGGCAAGGGCCUCUACCGCAGCACUGACGGAGGGGUCACGUUUGCCAAGGUCUCGUCCUUCACGGCCGUAGGAACGUACGUGCCCGAUCCGACGGAUGCCAACGGCUACAACAACGACAUCCAGGGUCUCGCCUUCGUUACAUUUGACGACACCUCUGGCACGGCGUCUAACGGAAGGACCAAGAGAAUCUUCGUUGGCACCGCAGACAACACUACUGCUUCUGUCUACGUCUCCAACGACGCUGGUGAGACUUGGGACGCGGUCGCCGGCCAACCUGGCACUUACUUCCCACACAAGUGCAGGCUCCAGCCGCAAGAGAAGGCCCUCUACCUCAGCUACAGCGACGGAAGCGGACCUUACGAUGGCACAAAGGGCGCCGUCUACAGGUACGACAUCACCGCCGGCACCUGGAAAGACAUCACACCUGCGACGGGCGACGACCUCUACUUCGGCUUCGGUGGCCUCUCCGUUGACCUGCAGAAACCAGGGACCGUGAUGGUGGCGACGCUCAACUCGUGGUGGCCUGAUGCCCAAAUCUUCCGUACGACUGAUUCGGGUGCUACUUGGUCCAAGAUCUGGGAGUGGGCUGCGUACCCCGACCAGAAUCAGUACUAUUCCAUGAGCACGCCUAAGGCUCCGUGGAUCUACGAGAAUUUUGUCUCCGUUGAUACGAAGCGUCUUGGGUGGAUGAUUGAGGCUCUCGAGAUCAACCCGCAUGACAGCAACCACUGGCUCUACGGCACGGGCCUCACCAUUUAUGGAGGCCACGACCUCGCCAAGUGGGACAGCGGCAGUGGUCGCAAUGUCACCAUUCAAUCCCUCGCCGACGGCAUCGAGGAAUUCGCCGUCCUCGAGGUCACCUCCGUCCCUGGCGGCAGCGAGCUCCUCGCCGCUGUUGGCGACGAUAGCGGCUUCACCUUCAAGACCAAGGUCGACUUGGGAACCUCUCCCCAAACCGCCUGGAAUAACCCCAUGUUCACUAGCUCCACGGGCGUCGACUACGCAGGUAACAGCGUCAAGAGCGUCGUCCGCGUAGGUAACUCCGCCGGCAGCCCGCAGGUCGCCCUUUCGAAUGAUGGCGGGGCGACCUGGAACCUCAACUACGCCGCAAGCAACGACCAGUAUGGUGGCCGUGUGGCGUACUCCGCUAAUGCCGACACGAUCCUCUGGUCCAGCGAGUCUUCGGGAGUCCUCCGAUCUCAAUACCAAGGUUCCUUCACGGCCGUGUCCUCCGUCCCCUCGGGAGCUGCCAUCGCCUCCGACAAGAAGGACAACGCCUACUUCUACGCCGGAACCACAAAACUCCUCGUGUCUUCUGAUAUUGGAGCCACUUUCUCUCCAGGAGGCUCCCUCGGCGCCGCUACUUCCAUUCGAGACAUAGCGGUACAUCCUACCGUCGCAGGUGAACUCUGGGUCUCAACUGACGUGGGAAUUUUCCACUCGACCGACCACGGCGCAACCCUUUCUCUCAUCUCCUCCACCCUCACAAACACCCACCGCAUAGCCCUCGGUAAAGGUUCUGGAAGUUCUUGGAUCCUCUAUGCCUUUGGCCACGGUCCCGUAGGCGCCCGUCUCUAUGCUACCGCCGACAACGGCGCCUCCUGGCAGGACAUCCAGGGCUCGUCCCAGGGUUUCGGCGCAAUCGACGGCUGUCGCCUCGCCGGUAGCGCCAACGAACCCGGCCUCGUGUACGUAGGUACCAACGGCCGCGGUGUCCUCUACGCACAGGGUACUGUCCAAGGCGGAGGUGGCAACCCAACUUCUUCUUCUUCUUCUUCUUCCCCUUCUUCUACUGCCAAGACAUCAAGCACCACCACCCGCGUGUCCAGCACGUCCUCCGUGAGAACAAGCUCCACGCUUACUACUAGCACCAGGGCUUCUUCUUCGAGCUCGUCCGCUCAGCCUACUGCUACCGAUGGCCCGACGGCGCCUAGGUGGGGACAAUGUGGUGGUAUUGGGUGGACGGGUCCGACGAGGUGUGAGUCGCCUUAUGCUUGCCAGAAGCAGAAUGAUUGGUAUCACCAGUGCCUUUGA